GAGUUCGGAUAUGCUUGAUUUAAAGGAAAGUACAGCGCUGGCCGAAUUUCUUUCCGCGAUCUGAAGGGUUAACACGUAAUCCAUGACGUCACUCUCCAGAAGGCAUCGCUCCGGUGGCGCAUCAUCACUUCAGCCGGUCCAAUUUCACAUUUAAAAGUUUCCAUCAGGCCUUGAGCUCAUAUUGAAGUGUCCAUUAGAGCCGCAGCCCUGCAUUUCACAACACAAGACGAGUCUUUCACCAUGAACUCCGACAUGGAUGGUGACAUAGAAAAUCAAGUGGAGUUGGAGGAGAAGACCAGACUCAUAAACCAGGUCCUCGAGUUGCAAAAUACUCUCGAGGAUCUCUCAGCUCGCGUGGAUGCAGUAAAAGAAGAAAAUCUGAAGCUGAAAUCAGAGAAUCAGGUUCUGGGGCAGUACAUCGAGAACCUGAUGUCAGCAUCGAGUGUGUUUCAGACCACCGACUCCAAGAGCAAGCGGAAGUAAGAGAGUGUUUCUCUCUCCAGACCCCACAGUAGAACACAACCCUGCAGGUCAACCCUCAUUAGCAGACCAGUUAAUGCUUAUUAAAGGUCUUUGCACACUCAAGUCCCAAAUUUUCGUAAGCGUUCAAAUCCCCAAAUAUUCAAAGUUUACCUCAUUAUGUCUGUGUCUCAGUUUGAUAUUUUGCAAGUGAUAAUGGAAUUGCAUAUUAAAACGAAGACUACUGAUAUCUGUGAACCAAUUGAUCCUGAACAGAGGCAUUUUUUCUAUGGUACAGAGACGGAGACGGACACAUCCAAACACGCACACACCAAACAGUGCCGACAAACUAGCAUAUCAUAAAUCACAGAACAUUUCUAUUCUAUUAUAUUAGUUUCUUCAAAGCCAUUUUGGAUUUAGUUUUUUGCUUGUAAGGCGGCCCUGAAUUGUCUAAACACCUCUAAAAAUGACUUUUCAAAUGCAAAAAACUAAAAAAAAAAAAAAGAAUUAAAUUUUAUGAUGAACGGCGAUGUGUCAAUACGAUUGACACUACAUGAUGUCGAAUGCAAAAUUUAUGGAUGAAAUUUUCAGAUAACCUUAAGGCCUUUGCACACUUUUAAUGCAUUUUUAAUGCAUGUAUAUCUGAAUAAUUUGGCACACACACAAACCUUGAGUUUUAAAUCAGAAACAUUUAGCUGCAAUGCUUUGUUUUAUUCUCUCUUCUUCAAAAUAGAAAAAAAGAAAGAGGAAAUACUGUGUUCACUGGAUGGAGAGAGGAAGGAUAGUUUACAUCCUUAUCAAACAGCUGCACUGGAUUAUCCCGAAAUGCAGAGAUUAUUUGAGGAAAUCACACAAGUACAGCUUUCUUUAUGGGGAUUUCCUACAGACAUGAUGUUUAUACUGUUCAAACCAUAUACCUGACAAAAGUCUUGUCGUUGAUUCCAGUUGUAAGAGCAACAAAUAAUAACUUGACUUCUAGUUGAUCAUUUGGAAAAGUGGCAGAAGGUGGAUUUUUCCGAUGAAUCAUCUGUUGAUCUGCAUCCCAAUCAUCACCAAUACUGCAGAAGACCUAUUAGAACCCGCAUGGACCCAAGAUUCUCAUAAAAAUCAGUCAAGUUUGGUGAAGGAGAAAUCAUGGUUUGGGGUUACAUUCAGUAUGGGGGCGUGCGAGAGAUCUGCAGAGUGGAUGGCAACAUCAACAGCCUGAGGUAUCAAGACAUUAGUGCUGCCCAUUACAUUACAAACCACAGGAGAGGGCAAAUUCUCCAGCAGGAUAGCGCUCCUCAUACUUCAGCCUCCACAUCAAAGCUCCUGAAAGCAAAGAAGGUGCUCCAGGAUUGGCCAGCCCUGUCCCCAGACAUGAACAUUAUUGAGCAUGUCUGGGGUAAGAUGGAGGAGGCGGUGUUGAAGAUGAACACAAAGAAUCUUGAUGAACUCUGGGAGUCCUGCAAGAACGCUUUCUUUGCCAUUCCAGAUGACUUUAUUAAUCAGUGAUUUGAGUCAUGUCAGAGAUGUAUGGAUGCAGUCCUCCAAGCUCAUGAUGGAGUCAGACACAAUAUUCAUUCUGUCUUUAUAUUCUAUACUGGACAUUACUUCUGUUCAGUGAUCAGACUUUUGUCUAAGCAAAGUCAAACGUUACUGUCCUAAUUAAAAAAUUAAAAAGCAAGGCAUGAUCAUAUUUUAUUCUGGUCAAAUAAGCGUAAUCUAGUGGUCUUUGCCUUUUAUAUAAGCCACUUCUGAUACCAAACGAUCAACCAGAAGUCAAGUUAUUAUUUGUUUUUCCUUAAACUUCGAAAUGCGAAAAGAGUUUUGCCAGAUAGUGUAUAUUCUACACCCCUACCCCCAACACAUUCUGCAUUUUAACAAUUUCAAAAUGCUUAUUUCUGAGAUACUUUCCUUAUGGAGACUAGAAAAAUGUCCCCACAAGGUCACAAUUUACUGGUAUUUAUUGGGGACAUUUGGUACACAACUUAACACAAGAUACACACACAUACAUACGCACAAUCUUUGUUAGCCAUAAUAUACUCUGUAAUGCAAGUGACCACAUUUUGGCUUUCGAUUGUACGGUGGCUCUGAACUGUCAAAACACCUCUCAAACUCUUUAUUCAGAUGUGAAAAACUGAACAUUUUUUUUACAUGAUCCAAUUUUGUUUGUAAUGACGGACGAAAGUUUGGAGACAGUGUGCAAUAACCUUUACACUAAGAUACAUAUUAUCCCUGCGCCACUAAAAUGGUAAAUGUUUACAUUAAUUUAUCAGUAUUUAUGUCCUUUACAUUUCGUUUUUUAACAUCUAUGUUGCUAAAGUUAUUUUCUAAGAUCAAGGUAAACUAAGAGUUUGUUUACGUUCAGACCGGUAUAUGAUAUUCCUUUUAAUUUGUACCUCUUGAAAUGGUUUUGUCUUGCUAAAACAAACAAUGUAAUAUGUGUUUUCUAUUUUGGGGUACAGUUGUGUGUGAAUGACAGUAGCUCUCUCCCACUGAGCUGUUUGUCUGUAAUCAGCACUUCAGUUGAGAGGAGAAGAAACGAAAAACAUUUCAGGGAACGAAUUUAAGACCUUUUUCUUGGUGCUAUCAACAGAAGGGAGUUCUCUGGCAUGCAUCACAUCUGUACCUGCAUCAGUUUGUUGUGUUGGUGUGUGUAGAUUCUUACCAUUGUGUGGCAUUGCAGAUGCCUGUUUUAAUUAAAACAAACAUGAUUUGC